AUGUUUUGCCAGAGCGGACGCUUCCCUCAUGAGUGUCGACCAAAGGCGCAGGUGGACAGCGACCUUGAUCUUCUCGACCCGACUUCAGUACUUAAGAGUCUCACAACAACAUGCACGACUAUUGAACGAGAGGGAAAUCAAUAUGUACCGCUUGCAUCGGAUUCCGGAUUCCAUGUCAUCAAUAUCAACCGUUUCGAAUCCACUCUCUACACAACCAAAGUGCACCGAAGGCUACAGCAGGAGGAUGAGGAACCCCUUCUGUGGAUUGACUCAAUAUGCAUUCAUCAAUCUUCUAGUUCCGGCAAGAUGGAGACAGACAUUCUUUUCCUCUAUUGCAAUCUCACCAGCCAGUACUAUAGCCGAUCUCACGAAGAUAUAAACCUCUCUUACUUCGUUAGUCGAUUAUUUUGCCGAUCCUGGUUUCAUCGCACCCAGACGGACAACGGUACCUUAAACGAGAUCGGAGGCAAAGGUCAACCUAUUCCAUUCUCAUGGCCAACCUCCCUUCCAGCUAAUUCGGGUAAGCCGAACCUGCCACUAUUCUUGAGCCUCUGUGAUUCGCUUCUUCAUCCGUGCUUAUCUAAAUUCAAGAUUUUGCUUGGCAGGGACUGCUACGCAGAACCUAGGAAUUUGAUUCGCUCUGCAAGAGACACGUCAGUGAGGAGGAAAGACUGCCCGAAGAUUCUGGAUAAGACUUACGGUGCCGCUGAGAACUUAUUACUACGGCUGAUAAAAACACUACCCUUUUGGUUUGGACUAGUGAAGGGCAUCAAGAGAAUACAAGUUAGAAUUCAGUGUCAGAGAUCCUCUGAUGAGACCGUACCUUCAAUCCCCCAGAUUGUUGGGCCGAUAGGAACGCGUAUACUUCCAAUCUUAUGCAAAAGUUUUCUUUCGGACCCUGCAAAUGCGGCAUGCUCGUUACCGGCAAACAAUGGAGGCGACUAUCCGGAAAGAAGUUUCUUACGUAUGAUCAGUGAGCACGAGAAGGCCAAUGCCAUAGAUAGUGCUUUCUCCAUUCCCGAGAGCGUCAAAGCAAAGCCAAAGUUCUUAGAUAAAUUUGAUACGUUUCGGAGAGACAUAGAUUAUCCAGAAAUACACUUCGCUCUCACUUGUGAGUUGAGAGAGGGCCACCUUCGGGAUUACGGGGCGGAUUAUUUCGGGAAUUCAGCAAAGCACGUUUUCGCGACACCGAUAGAUGGGCCUUGGUGCGCGUUUUGUCGAGGCUGGAGAUGUCGUAAUUCUGAUGAUUAUUACCGCUUGCUCGGUCUGGAUGUAUUCAUGGUUGUAUGUGGGACGAAAUAUGGCUGGAUGAGGUUGAAGUCUUGGGGACUAUAUCACGCUGAUCUGAGAGUAUCGAGUUUCAUGCCUAGGAGUCUUCACUGGCACCAGCAUGGCACAGCCCCAAAUCCAAACCGCACGCCUCGAACAUGGAAAAUGACAAACGGCCCCACAUUGCCACCAUCCGUCUACACUGAUCAGCGUUCAACCACAUCCCGCAUCUCCCGCCUCAUCAUCAACACAUCCUUGCCCAACGCCACAGAUUUCUCUCUCCGCCUCACCCCAACUGAACCAGCACUAGGGCGCAUCAUGGACCACACUUCGCACAAUACAAGCUCGCAUGUAGAUACUUCGCACGUUGACACCGCGAUUCACUACGACACGAUAUGGCAGCCCCAUGAUACCGCGUCACACCACCAUCACCCCCAGAAUGUCCACAAUAAUGAUCAUGCCCUUCAUGGCCAUCAUGGCCAUCAUGGCCACCACAGCCGACGCGACACCGACCCCCCUCCUCCUUACUAUCCGUCGCCGAAUACCGAUCCAGCACACAAUCCUCUUGUCCACAACUCUAGCCUCACGGUCUACUACAAUACGUUUCCUACCCCACGAUCAAGGCAUAUAAGGAGAGCAGAGUCUUGGACACCACAACUGUGCUUCGGGAUUGGGGUCUGGAUACUCGGGGGGGUGUUCUUCAUCUGGUUUGUGUGGCUUCAAAUCCAAGAUCUAAAUCGGUCGAACGAUGGCUACCCGCCUGGGAACCGCGGCAACUGGCCAUAA